GUUGAAAUCAACAAGGGUCUGGAUUUCAUACAGACACUAUUUGAUGCUGAGCAGAAGGUCUAUAUUACACACGUGGCAGAGACCGCUGAGGACGGCGUUGUGGUAAAGCUCGACAACUGUGUAUUAAGCUGGGGCGACAACAAGUUUGCGCUGGAUCCGAUCACGCUGUGCGUCAAGGCCGGCGAGUUCGUAAUGAUAAUCGGACGCAUUGGCGGCGGCAAGUCGUCACUCCUUUCAGGGCUGUGCGGCGAGAUGCCCGUGGUCAGUGGACAUGGCUGGUGUAUGGCAAGAUUGGUUACGUUAGCCAGAAGCCAUACAUUAUGAACGACACCUUCCGCGAGAACGUGCUCAUGGGCGCUGAGUACAACGAGGAAUGGAUGCAUCAGGUGCUUGAAGCCUGCGCUCUUUCCGAGGACGUCGAGCAGUUUGCAGCUGGCGAUCUGUCAGAGAUUGGCCCUAAUGGCAUUAACCUGUCCGGCGGUCAAAAGGUGCGACUGCACUAGCGAGGGCACUGUACCUAAAAGCGGAUGUUUACAUCUUUGACGACUUGCUUGCGGCUGUUGAUGCGCAGGUUGAGCGCCUCAUUGUUGAGCGCGUUUUGGCAUCUGGCGGCAUCAUUGGCGACAAAACACGCAUUUUAGUCACCCACGCCGAUCAUCUGGUGCCGCUGAGCAGCAAGGUU